ACUCCGGUGUUGAUGUCUACGUAUAUUGUUUACGUUUUAAUAUUUUUAAUUAUUACUUGUUAAGUAAUUUUUAUUCAAUAUUGAAAUUAUAAAUUUUACCUUCUAAGCACAAUGUCGGAAAGGAAAGUUUUAAACAAAUACUAUCCACCGGAUUUUGAUCCGUCUAAGAUACCUCGCAUGAAAUUGCCUCGAAAUCGACAAUAUACAGUUCGUCUGAUGGCACCAUUUAAUAUGAGAUGUGUAACGUGUGGUGAAUAUAUUUACAAAGGAAAAAAAUUUAAUGCACGGAAAGAAGAUGUUGAAGGAGAAGAUUAUUUGGGUAUUCGCAUUUAUAGAUUUUACAUCAAGUGUACGAGAUGCUUGCAAGAAAUCUCCUUCAAGACGGACCCACGCAACACGGACUAUGAAAUAGAGGCGGGCGCAACUCGUAACUUCAUGGCACUGAAGUUAGCUGAAGAGCAGGCACAACGAGAAGAGGACGAGAGAAAGGAGGAUGAAGCUACAAAUCCAAUGAAGCUGCUGGAGAACCGCACCAAGCAGUCAAAGCAGGAGCUGGAGCUGCUGGAGUCGCUGGAGGAGUUGCGCGACUUGAAUCGACGCCAGAGACUCAUCGACUACGACUCCAUGCUGUCCCAGUACGAUGGGGCGGAGGCCGCUCGCCGCCUCGAGCUGGCUCAGCAGGCGGAGGACGAGAAGUACAUUCGUUCUGUGUUUGGAGCCAAAGAUUCAAAAACCAAGAUUGUGGAAGAAGAAAUAAUAGAAAUGAAUGAAGAAAAGACUAGAUCGUCUGCUAGUGUGGGCAGCCAAAACCAUGGAGAACCACCCCCUAAAGUUGCAAAGAUCUCUUCUCAUUCUACCCCUAGUACUUCCGCAGCUGAAAAAACAGUGCAGGUGGGAGCCACUACGACAGCGAGAGCGUCCAGCGUGGGCGUGCUGUCCGGCAAGAGCAGCCUGGCGGGGUUGGUGCGCGUGAGGCAGUCCGCUCCCACCAAGCCCGCGCCCAGCGCCUUGUCGCUGCUGGGGGCGUACUCUGACAGCGACGGUGACGGAGACUGACAUGGUGGCUUGCUGGCACGACUCCCUCGUCUGCUCCGCCUGUGGCACAGCACCAGAGCCUGGGAAGGAAGUACAUAUGGAGUAUGGACUUCUCGUCAGUCAAGAUCACAAGAGAGGUCGUAGGGCAUACAUAUUCAUAAGGGUGUCGAUUUGGGUUAGGCAGUGAAAGUCCUACUUCAGAGCACAAUGUGUAUAUAUCCGUCAUAUCAAUUUCAGAAUUCAACUGCUUAUAAUGUUUCAAUUAUAUAUUUAGAAAUUCCUUAUGAAAUAUAUUUCCCUUUUAAAAUACUGUAGAACCACCCCCUUUUUUUUUACGCUGAAAAUGUUGUAAACUGCGGGAAAGUGUAAAAUAAUGGAAAUGCAUGAAAAAUUAUUUUUUGCUGAGAGGACAGUGAUAUACGACCUUACAAUAGGCCUACAAUUUGUUGAUAUAAAAAUUGUUAUUAAUGUGUGAAGCAUAUAUAAAUAGAAUAAUCAACAUUAAAGUCCUAUAUUUAUAUUCUUUAUCAAGUAUAGGUUAACGUACAUGCACAUACUUUAAUCAGCAAUUCAUAGUAACAUUAGACAUUUUUAGGUUAAGAAUAUUAAUAAAAAUAAUUACUUUUAUCAUCACACUGGGUUGCAUUUCCUUCAAUAAUUUUGUGAUUUUUCACAAUUGUGUUCAGAGUUCAAAUAGGCAAGCCUAACCUGUCAGCAAAUGGAACAUGAGUAUCUUUGUGCUCAUCCAUGCACUUUAAAAUGUUCAUCAGUUGAAAAUGUUUUUCAUCUUUUGCAAGAUGUCAUCUCGAUAAGUUACAUACAGAUAAAAAUUCAAUUAAUUGCAUUAAAGACAAAAUUUCAUGCUUAUUGACAUUUAAAUUUUUUACUGACCAUGUUAUUUUUAACAGAUGUUGACAAAGAUGAAUACCAUAAAUAUAAACUUCAUACUACGAUAUGUAUAAGUUACUGAUGGACAGUCAGAAUUUCUAUAAACUGUAGUGCUAGCAUCACUUACUAAUAUUUUCUCAAAGUCUGUCAUUGUUAGACCAGUAUUGGCAGCCUGUAAAUAUUGUUUUUAAUGGAAAAGCACAUCGGAAAAUCCAAAAGAUACAGUGCUAGUGUUCCCAACAGCAUUUUGGAUUUGGUAUUACACACGAAAGUGUUAUCUUCAUAUGUAUCAUGUAUGUGACAAACACGUGAAUAACAAAUUUAUGUAUGUAUAUCAUAAGCAACAAAAAUUGUGGGAAGCGUUGUUUCCAGGAUUUUUGUUACCACGAAAACAGUUAACCCUCAUUUCAUUGAAGAAUGGCUAAUUACAUCAAAAUGUUGUAAUGGUUGUUUUCAAUAUAGGUUUUGGUCAGUGAAAAAUUUAAAAAGUUGGGAUGAGUCAAGAAAAGUUUGGAAAUUCAGUAUCUGGGUUUUACUUGACAGCUUGCAUUAUCAAAAACAUCUUUCCUUAAUUUGUAUUGAUGUGGAAUUCAUAUCCAGUAAUGGAGUUUCCACUCCAGUUCUGUCCUUUAUAAUUAAAAAUGAAUAAUUUUCUUUUAUUUGCAAUCAUGUUAGAAGGUUAGAACCUUUGGGAGCGGCAACAUAAUGUGUAGAAAGGGCUGAACACUGAAUUUCACUUAACUAUACUUUAGCUACAAGAUCUGUGUUUCUUUUUUUUCAGGAAAGGGAUUUGCAUUUUAAUCUACACAAACUUCCCCCACUAUUGGUUUGUACUUAUACAUUCAUUAGUGAUUCCCAGUCAUCAGUUAUUUCAGUAGAAGCAGUGGUUAUUGAUUUAUUUAGGAAUUAACUUUGCUGCCCUACUUAAAAUUAGAUUAAAUAGCAGAAUCUCAGUACAGUUAGACCCCUGGAAGAAAUCAAGAAGUGACCAUCUCUGAUCACAUCAAGAUGGAUUGUGUUUAGAAGCCUAUUUAGAAAUUGAACUGAAAUAAAAUUUGUGUCCAUAUCGGUACAAGCUUACAGACCAACACAGCAUGUUAACUUUGAAAGCUUUUACCAAAGCCACUACAUCAAGUAAAAAGUUGGCAACAUUCUUGGUUAUGUGAGACAAAGUCUCUUUGCUCCCACUGUUCAUGAUUAUUACCACUGAAAAAAUUCCCUAAAACAUAUUUUUCUUGUAAUGUAAUACACUUACAAAUAUUGUGUAACUAAUAAAAGGAACAAAUUGUAUGAUUUUUGACAGUGUAUUAAAUACUAAUUUUAUUAAUGUGCUGCUAAAUCUUUAGGGAAUAUAUUUUUCAAAAUACAGUACAACCAUUUUUUGAAGUACCUGGGAUUUAAUAAUUUCAGUAAAUCAACAGUGUAUUAAUGGGUCCUUUUUAAAAUAAGCUUUUAAUUUAACAUAACAAAUUUCCUGUAAAUAUGGCGAUUUUGGCGAUGCUUGCUUUACUACAGUAAAAAUGUUCAUGAUAGGUAUUUGGCAGCACUGAAUUUCCAAAUAUUGCAAUGGACAUGUUUGUAACCUUUUCUGUUCCUAAACAUAAACAAUUGUUUAAAAGUGGUUAUGUUGUUUAAUAUAGUGGUCUCCAAACUAUGGCCCGCGGGUCAACGCCGGCCCGCUACCACGGCAUCCGGCCCCGUCACAGAUGUACAGUAUGUUGGUAUUAUGAGCUAGCUAGGUCUUGGCCCUUAGUACUUAGUGGAGGAGUCUGUUUGGCCCUAAGGCUAAAAAGUUGAAGGACUCCUGUUCAAUAGAAUAGUUUCCAAAAAAAAAUUUGAAAGUAAUUAAUUAUGUGUUGUUAACAUGUGAUUGCCGAUUAUAAACAAAGUCCAAAAAAGAAUUGUGUAAGAAAAUCUCACCAUAAAAAAGUGAACAUUUUGAAGUGCUUCAGUAUGCACAUCUCUUGCCCAAAAACUGAAGAGUUCAUGCAUCAACUUAAAAAACAAUCAAGAAGAACAGCAAGGCUGAAUAUGAUUUUUUUUUUUUUCUGUGUGUGAGAGAGAAUUUCUACUUAUUGUAUAAAUCUUAAGCAUCUCUGACAUUAUAUUUAUUGUGAUGUAUAUUUGCUUCUUAUUAUUGUCAUUAUGGUGAAAUUAAAAAAAAUAUUAACAUUUAACUGUUUUUGUUUUCCCACUUUUUAAUAUUUUUUUUUGUUCUGGUCCCUCAAAAUACGUUAAGAAGAGGUUUUUACUAUACAUCUACAGCUACCUAAAAAUAACAAUCUGGAUAUUUUUGGUUUAUUAAUGUUGUUAUAUUAUUGUAUUUAUAUUUUUAUAAUUGUAGUGUUGUCAAACUAUAAAAAAUGGUUUGUUCAUCACAGAUCUUUUUACCUAAUAAAGUGUGUUUGUGUAUCUGUA